AGCUCCUCACUACCAUCUCAUGUCCCUUCAUCUUUACAAUCUCACCCUAGAGGAUCCUCAGAAUAUAAAUGAGUCCAUAGUUGGUCAGUUUAGCGGCACGAAAUCACAAGAGAUCGCUGUUAACAAGUCAAAUAUCCUCGAGAUCUACAGGUUGAACCUUGAGACUAUCAAACUAGAAUUGAUAGCCAGUAGCAGGUUAUUUAGUAUAAUUAGAUCAAUAAAAGCAUUCAAGUUAACUGGUUCAAAAAAGGAUUUCAUCGUUGUAUCCUCAGAUUCUGGUAAACUCACAGUUUUGGAAUUAGUGGGCGACAAACUCGUCGUUUUACACUCUGAAACCUAUGGUAAAACUGGUGUUAGGAGAAUAAUACCAGGUCAAUUCCUUACAUGCGAUCCAAAAGGCAGAUCACUCAUGAUUGCCUCACUCGACAAGUCCAAGUUGGUAUACAUCCUUAACAGAGAUAAUCAAGCAAAUCUCACCAUAUCCUCACCCUUGGAAGCUAAUAGAAACAAUUCAAUCACCCAUCAUAUCACCGCUGUCGACACUGGUUACGAGAAUCCUCAAUUCGCUGCAUUGGAGACUGACUAUGAGGAAAUAGAUCAGGAUCCAACUGGAGAAGCUCUCAUAAAUAGCAAUAAGCUGAUUACCUUUUAUGAACUUGACUUAGGUCUCAAUCAUGUCGUCAAAAAAUGGUCAGAACCUACCGAUCCUAAAGCUAACAUGCUUAUACAAGUGCCUGGUGGCCAAUCAGCAUCUACAGAUACAUUUGAUGGUCCUUCUGGUGUUCUUAUUUGCACCGUCGAUUAUCUCAUUUGGUAUAGACCAGAAUCAGAAUCUCAUAGAGUUCCAAUUCCAAAGAGAAGCCACCCAUUAGAAAACAAUACAUCUGACGGCACCAUUAUCAUAUCAGCAGUUCUUCAUAAGAUGAAGGGUGCAUUCUUCUUUCUUUUGCAAUCUGAACAAGGUGAUUUGUUCAAAUUGACAAUGGAGCUUAACGGUGAAGACGUUAUUAGUUUACGCAUAAAAUACUUUGAUACAAUUCCACCAUCUAACUCAAUCAACAUUCUUAAAUCCGGUUAUUUAUUUGCAUCUAGUGAAUUCUCAAACCAUAAUCUCUAUCAAUUCCAAAAGCUCGGUGACGAUGACAACGAACUGGAAUAUUCUUCCUCAAGUUACGAAAAUAAUGGUAUGCCAUCAUUGGAGAACCCAUUACCAAUAGAAUCAGCUUACUUUACACCACGUGGGCUUGAUAAUUUGGUUCCAGUUGAUGAAAUUCAGUCUCUUGCUCCAAUACUUGAUGCCAAAGUGCAAUCUAUAUAUGCAGGUGAUACACCACAAAUAUAUACAGCAUCUGGUGUUGGCUCACGCUCUAGUUUACGAGUGAUGAGGCAUGGUUUGGACGUAAUUGAGGCUGUUAGCUCUGAACUGCCUGCACCACCUAACGGUAUCUGGACACUAAAGCAGAACGCUCAAGAUAUGUACGAUUCAUUGAUUGUACUCUCUUUCGUCAACGGUACAUUAGUUUUAGGUAUAGGGGAAUCAAUCGAGGAAGUAUCUGAUACCGGUUUGGCCACAUCAGUUUCUACACUCUCAGUUGAUCAACUCGGUGAAGACAGCAUGAUCCAAGUCUUCCCUCAAGGCAUAAGGCACAUUCUUAAUGACAAACGUGUGAAUGAGUGGAAGUCACCAUCAGAUACAUAUAUUACAGCGUCAACAACAAAUUCACGUCAAGUAUGUGUUGCUUUAUCAAACGGUGAAUUAGUAUACUUUGAAAUGGACAAUGAAGGGCAGCUUAAUGAGUUCCAAGAACGUAAGAGUAUGGAAUCAACAGUUACAACGAUGUCAAUAGGAGAGGUUCCACAAGGCAGGCAACGUUGUCCAUACCUCGCGUUGGGAUGUGAUGACCAAACUAUUAGAAUAGUAUCACUCGAUCCUGAAAAUACGCUUGAAGUGGUGUCUGUUCAAGCAGUAACAGCUCAGCCAUCAUCAAUAUGUGUUGCUGAAAUCCUCGAUAAGAGUCUAGACAAGUAUAAUCCAACCUUGUUCGUCAAUAUCGGUUUAGCGAAUGGUGUUCUCUUGCGUACAGUUUUAGACACCGUAAAUGGUAGCUUGGCAGACACGAGAACACGUUUCUUGGGAGCAAAGCCAGUAGUUUUGCGUAGAGUCACGGUUGAUAAACAACAAGCUGUCAUGGCGUUAUCAACUAGAACCUUCUUGAACUACGCCCAUGGUGAUCAAAUGUACUUUACACCACUCCUUUAUGAACCCUUAGAUCAAGUCAGCUCAUUCAAUGCAGAACUUUGCCCUGAUGGAUUGAUCGGUAUUAGCGAUACAGUGUUGAGAAUAUUCACAUUACCUAAUGUCGGUCAGAGGAUGAAACAAGACAGCGUUGCAUUAUCGUACACACCUAGAAAAAUACUCUUGCAUCCUACUGCCCCACUCUUCUUGACGAUUGAAAGUGAUCAUCGUACAAUUAGCAGAGAAAGACAAGCUGAAUUGCUCACUAGUAAAGGAUACAAUCCAGAGGAGCACAACUUUGACGCCGUUCAAUUUGGUAAUGUCCGCAUGGAAGCUGGAAAUUGGGCAAGUUGCGUGAGAAUGAUUGAUCCAGUCACACUUACGACUGUCAAUAAAGUAGAAUUGGACAAUAAUGAAGCAGCAUUCAGUGCGGCAUUUGUACAAUGGGCUGGGCACGAAGAUGAAACCCAUCUUGUUGUCGGUACAGCCAAAGAUCGUAUGAUGAUGCCUCAAUCACACAAAGAAGCAUAUUUAAGAGUAUACAAAGUUACCCAAGAUAGCCAACUGGAGUUGCUCCAUAAGACUGAUAUUGACGAUGUUCCUUACGCAAUUCACGCAUUCAAGGGCCGCCUGUUGGCGGGUGUCGGCAAGGCUUUGCGGUUGUACGAUCUCGGUAAAAAGAGACUACUCCGUAAAUGCGAGAAUAAGUCAUUUGCAGCAGGUAUUGUCAAUUUGAAUGUAGUUGGGUCAAGAAUAUACGUCGGAGACAUGCAAGAAUCGGUGUCAUUUGCGGUUUACAAAGCACCGGAAAACAGAUUAUUAGUUUUCGCUGAUGACAUUAUGUCAAGAUGGACGACAACUGCAACACCUGUUGACUACGAUACCGUUGCAGGUGGAGAUAAAUUUGGUAAUAUUUUCAUUACACGUGUUGACAAAUCGACAUCUGAAUGGGUAGACGAAGACGAAAGUGGUGGUGGUCUUCUUCAUGCAAGAGGUUUAUAUCACGGUGCACCAAAUAGGUCUAAAUUGCUUGCACACUUCUACGUUGGUGAUAUCGUUACAAGCAUAACAAAAUCACAAUUGAGUGCUGGUGGUAGAGAUGUUCUCGUAUAUACAUGUUUACACGGUACUGUUGGAAUGAUAAUACCAUUCGCUAGCAAGGACGAUAUUGAAUUUAUGUCAACGUUAGAAUUGCAUAUGCGUCAAGAGUCACCUAGUUUAGUUGGAAGGGAUCAUCUCGGAUUUAGAAGUUAUUACAUUCCAUGCAAAGCUUUCGUUGAUGGAGACUUAUGUGAACUUUACGCAAGUCUACCUGUGACUAAGCAGCAAGCAAUUGCGAACGAAUUGGAUAGAACAUCUGGAGAAGUACUCAAAAAGAUUGAAAGUCUGAGAUCAGCAGCAGGUUUCUAAAAUGAUUUAAUUUAUA